AUGCGCUUCAACGCAAGCUUCCUUUUAGUCUUCACGGUUCUCGCCGUUGCAGGUGUUAUGGCUGAUGACGCCGUUCCUUCUGGAUUAUCUAAUAGUACGCCAGCCAAAGAUACCCCAGUUCCAGUUCCAAAUGAUCAACAAAGUUCUACAACUCCCACCGAUGGCAAUCCGCAAAGAGAUACGUCGGCACCCGUUGGCAGUGACACCAACCCUGCCCCAACAGACAUUAGACCGAUUGGCGGAGAUUCUUCAAAGGACAAGAAGGGCAGCUCUGAUCCCGUUGGCAGUGAUACCAACCCUGCCCCAACAGACAUUAAACCGAUUGGCGGAGAUCCUUCAAAGGACAAGAAGGACAACUCUGAUCCCGUUGGCAGACAACGGAUCAGAUACAACUAA